AUGGGAAAUCAGCUUUCAGCAUACGAGGAAAAACCUCAUGAAGUCGAUCUAGGCUCCAAAGGCCGGAUCAAAGGUGUCCAAUAUGAUGCCAAGGCUCGUCGAUAUGCGGGCGUUCCGUACGCUCUCCCGCCAGUUGGCGCACAUCGUUGGCGAAAGCCUCGGCCAUUGCCUAAUUCAUACUCGUACACCCAAGAAGAUGGAAGCCCGUUUGAUGCCUUGAAAUUCCGUCCAAUUUGCCCGCAGGGAACCUUUGCAAGCAGCGCAGAAAAAGACAAGGGCCCUGAGAAUUAUAGCGAGGACUGUUUGAUGUUGAAUAUUUGGACGCCGGUUGAAGAGCGGAAAGAUGAGAAAAAGUGGCCCGUCGUGCUUUGGCUUCAUGGAGGUUGGUUCCAGCUCGGUGAACCGCUUCAAGAGCUAGGCAUGGAUCCCACCGAAAUGAUCUCCACAGGCGGGUUGAAUGCGAUCGUCAUUGGCAUCGGAUACCGCUUGAAUAUCUUCGGAUUCUUGGCUGGUGAGGCUUUGCUUGAAGAUAGCAAUGGUGAAAGUGCUGGCAAUUUCGGGCUUUGGGAUCAACGACUUGCCAUGGAAUGGGUGUACGAGAAUAUUGCUGCUUUCAAUGGCGAUAUCAACAACAUCACGCUGGGCGGACGAAGUGCUGGAGCAUAUGGUGUGCAUGCACAAGUGCUUCAUGAUUUCCAAAGAGAGACACAACUUUUCCAUCGAUUCUACAUGUAUUCGAAUGCGAUUCCAGCGCAGCCGAAAGCUCUCCCGGAUGUCAACCCACAGUUCGAUGAGCUUUGCGAGCACUUCAAUAUCGCAACUAAUAUCUCUGGCCCUGAGAAGCUCAACGAGCUACGAAGAGUCGAAUACCGUGAUCUGAUCGCUGUCAUUCCACGUCUCAAGAAUCAUACUUUCCGCCCUGUCACCGAUAAUAUUUUCAUCCAUUCUGGGUUCACGGAAUACCAUCACAGCGGGGCAUUUGCGGAAGAAUUCAAGAAACGCAAACUUCGCGUCUUGAUCGGUGAGGUACUCAACGAGGAAACUUUGUAUGCCACAUACAAUGCCCCCGAGCCCAAUCUUGCAUCCUUGGAGAUGCAAGUGGCGAACUAUUACUCUCAUGAAACCACCAAAAGAGUGCUGAGCUCUUACAAACUGCCUGUGGGAUCAGACCCAGUCGAAUGGAAGACACUCUUUGGUGGCAUUAUCGCUGACGGCCAAGUGAGGGCGCCAUCCAGGUGGUUGGUGAACUGUCUGAGCAAACACGGUGUGCCGCUUCGCGAUAUCUGGCGGUACCAGAUUGCGUACCGUUUGUCAUUUAUCACAGACAAGGUAGCUCCCACGGCCUGGGGUGUUUCCCAUGCCAUGGACAAGCCAUUCUGGAAUUUCGCUAUCUUACAUGGUCCCACGCAGGCCGAAAGACCACUAAUGGAAGAUUGGAUUCGGAAUUUCGUCGCCUUCGUACAGGAUGACCAAGAGUACGACUUCGGUACGAAAGCGAUUGAUGAAAUGAAAGUUGCAACACAGCAAGGAUGUAUUGAGAUCCAGCAGGAUGCUCGCUGGGGUGAAUUGGUGAAGCUUGGCGAAGUCUUCGCUGAUGACCAUCCAUCCCAGGACGAUGCUUGA